AAACAAAGAAGGCCAUCAAACGAUAGAUAACAUAUUCGUUUAGAUUUGGUUGCAAACAAAGCAAGCGAUAGAUAAUUAGAUAUGGUGCGGCCAUCAAACCCUAAUUCUGAAGUAGUAGUAACUCCCCGAGAAGAAGAACCUCAGUGGCUACGGCGACCCUCAAUCAGAGUGACGAGCGAGUUCGAUAGCGACUCCUCGCUUUUCUUCAAUAAGUUAUCCUGCAAAAUAUUUGACAGCCUUGCCAAGCUUAAACUCUCUUUUCAAAACAAUAACAAGGGACAUGUUUCUGAUCCCCAAAUAUCCUUCAUCUCUAAACACCUCACCUGCCAUUACGACCUUCAUCAACACAAUGCUCUUCUUAACACCUCUUUCGAAAUUGCCCCCGGUUUGCUCGUCUCUGCUGCUCAUGAUGUUAAGGCGCAGGUAGGACAAGUAACGAUGCGUGCUGAUCUUGCUCCUGGUUGUAAUCUCGAGUUGACAUCUCCCGUUCCUUCUGCUGCUGCUUUCCCUAGAACAACUUUAAGAUUUCCAUACGGUGAAGUGUCUUUGGAGGAGAAUGAGUAUCACGUAGAAGAAGAAGAAGAAAAUGAGAAUGUAGCUGCUCCAAAGUUGUCAGUUAGUGCAAUAUUUAAAGGUCAACUUCUCAAUGGCAUUUUCAAUGCUCAGUACAUGGAUGAUGAUUUGAAUCUAAGAUACUCCUACAAGGAUGAACAAACCACCUUCAUCCCAAGCAUUUCUAUGCCUUCAAAUGCGUUAUCUUUCUCAUUCAAGCGUCGUUUUGGCCCUUCUGACAAGCUGAGCUAUUUGUACAACUUUGAUACAAAUUACUGGUGUGCUGUGUAUAAACACACAGUUGGAAAGGAAUACAAAUUCAAAGCUGGUUAUGAUUCAGAAGUUCGAUUAGGUUGGGCAUCUAUCUGGAUUGGCGAUGAGACCGGUAAAGCAAAAACGGCACCAAUGAAAAUGAAGAUGCAAGUGAUGCUCCAACUGCCACAAGAUGAUAUAAGAUCGUCAGCCUUGAUGGUUCGUGUGAAAAAGAGAUGGGACAUCUGAAUCGGUUGUGCUGAACAGAAAAUGGAUUCUAAAAUUUUGUUGUGCUUUUAAUUUAGUGGAUAGCUUCUUUCCUGUUUUGAUAGAAAUUUCAGAAAAUAGUGAAGGUUACCAAGGCUGAAAUAAGUUUCAGGUUGUUCUAAUUUUAUAUAUUCUCUUAUUAUUAAAUAUGUCAUCCGUC